AUGAAGCGAACGGUUUCUGGCGGAGAUCUGGAUGUGGCUCAUCCCGCUGUGUGUUUCUACCGCGAGGUGCUCAUCAAUUUAAAGUGGUCCGCCAUCCGCAGUGACUUCCUCGAGGCUCUGCAGACCGCCCCGCAUCUUCGGUUUGCGGAGCCAAAGAAGUUGUGGCGGCACAGUCAAGAGGCACUCGGGAAGUGGGUGCUCUCACAAGUGGCGCGGGAUACACAAAGUGGCACAAGUGCAAAUGCAUCUAUUUUCUUUUUUCCAACAAGGGCCAUGUUGCCAAAUGGUACAUAUGAUGAACAACUCAUUCGAGAUAUCUCACUGAAGUGUGAGGAUUCCAGUAGUUUAGAUGUGAUUACAAGCAUCAAGGAAGUGCUUAAACGAUUUAAUCUAUCACAGCGUUGUGAAGAGGCGGCAGUGGAAAUAGAGAAGGAGUUGGAAACUACGAACCCAUCAUCUUAUUGUACACCAUCACUUUCUAUUAUAUCCGCAGAAGAUGAAAAGGGUCGUACAGCCAUGCAGCGCCGUGUACAAGGAUCUAUUGCGGUGAUUGGUGUCAAGUGGCCUAACCACAUUGCAAAUCGCAUGCGCCGAAAAUGUCCAUCUGUAUCUAUUCCACUUGCUGCUUACAAAAAACUUGAUAUGUGUUACCGUCACUUUACGGAUAAGACAGAGAGUGUACGCUACUCUAGACUAAAUUAUGAAACUCGUUUCACCUUAAGAGCGGCUACACUUGCUUUACGAUAUGAGGGUUGUCUAGCAACAGGAUCACUGCAACUGUGUGCAGAUACAAAAUUAAAACAGUUUUUACAUUUUGCUGGUUAUCAUGUGAUGGAUUUAUGUGCUUCUCCAAUAAAUGCUUAUAUGGGAUCACCAAAAGAUGGUUCCUACAAGAGUAUAAACAAGAAUAACAGUAGUGAGAAACAUGAAAAUAAUUCUUCCCUCGAAAAUGAAAAUCUACCGAACCAUUUUUGUAGCGCCUUCUUUGAUACUGAUCGUUACUUUGGUAGUCUUGGAAGUGCAAUGAACUUUGAUGUAGCAGAGGCGUACAAUUCGUCUGAAGUAAACCCAGAAAAGAAACCAUUUUUAUUAACUCUUGAUGUUCCAUACGAUGAGGAUCUCUGUGAACGACUGUUCUUAAAACUUAUCAAUGAUAUGAAGAGAGUUGAAAAUAAGGUGUCACAUUUCAUUGCAGAUUAUGUGUUGGUAUUACCUCUUUGGUGGGAUGUACCAAUGCAGCGGCGUAAAGUGCUCUUUACUGAGGCUGAAAGCGGUUCAAUUCCAUCUUCACCUGAGGAAAAGUUAAAGUUAGAUGGUAUUAUUAAGGAACGCAGCGCUAUGUUGAAUGAGGGAUAUAUUGUUCCCUAUAGUUGGCCACAACGUUUGGCAGAAGCAGCAGGAACGAACUGGGUUUGUUUUGAUGGUGUCUUUGUGGGAGGUAGUUAUGAGUAUUUCUGUACAGCCACCAACAAGUGGCUGCGUGGUGUCACUGCAACCGAAGUGAUUGGCUUGUCACAGCCGAGGGAGCAGGAAACGGCACUCUCGCUGGAGUCUUUGCUCUCCCGUUUCUAUGGUUGA